CCUUUGAGGAUGUGGCUGUGAACUUCAGCAAUGAGGAGUGGACUUUGCUGAGUCCAUCCCAAAAGAAGCUCUACAGAGAUGUGAUGGGUGAAACCUUUAGGAACAUGACUAUGAUAGGUGGACUCGGGGAUAUCCAGGAAGCUGAAAAAGAAGGCAAAAUUUACUGGAGUUACUUAAGAAAGCUAGGGAAAUCCUAUGGACAUACAUCUUGGAAUCAGUGUAAAGAAGCCUUCCUUGGUACUGAAGAAGGUAAUGUGAAUGUGAAAGAAACAGAAACACAUGACAAUGUUCAGAUUCAUGAAAAAUAUUGCAGUGGAGGGAAACCCUAUGUAUGCAAGCAAUGCAGGAAAGGUUUUACCACACAUGGAAUUUGUAAGAAACAUGAAAGAAUUCACAGAGGAAAGAGACCCUACAUAUGUGAUCAGUGUGGGAAAGCUUUUACAGCACGUACAUAUUGUCAAGUACAUGAAAGACUUCACUCUGGAGAAAAACAUUAUGAAUGUAAGCACUGUGAGAAAGCUUUCAGCACAUGUACUUAUUGUGUAAUCCAUGAAAAAAUUCACACUGGGCAGAAAUCGCAUAUAUGUAAGAAAUGUGGGAAAGCUUUUAGCAGGAAAAUUCAUUUUCAAAUACAUGAAAAUGUUCUGGAGAAGUGGCUAUACUGCUGA